UUAUCGUAAGCGUUUUUGCAUUUGGCUACGUACUGAGGUCGUUUGAAUGAAAAGUGCAUGCGGAAAGGUCCUGCCGGGGAGUAUAUAAGCGCAAGGAUGCGCUUGCGAUGCACCAAUCUUGAUUCAACAUGAAGACCAUUGCCUUCGUCUUCCUCCUAGUUCUGGGCCUAGCCGCAGCUGGUAAUGUCUGGUACGGCUCCAGACCAAUAAUCGUCCGGCGCUACUCGCCCGGCUGGUCGGGCUGGUCCGGGCGUGGCUGGCACGGUGGCUGGAACGGCGGCUGGAACGGCGGCUGGAACAGUGGCUGGAACAGUGGGUGGAACGGUUGGAACGAAUGGUAAUGGAGUUGAUUGAAAAAGUGGCUUUUAUUACACUGUAAACAUUUAGGGACCUGAAAUGAUCCGUUGUUUUUGUUUUGCCUUUAAAACGAAACGCAAUACGUUGAGAUGAAUGUCAACUUGUUCUUACAGUAUUUUAAAAGUGGUUAGGGAUAGAAAUGAUAAAAAUGUCGAAAAAAUAAACAAAAAAUAAUCAUGUUAACUUUUAUAAAGUGAUUUAAUUGUAUUUCGGUUUUUUUCUAUGUAAAUAGUUUUAAAAUAAAUAUUUUUGCAGUA